UACUCAAGCAAAAUCAAAAGCGGAAAUGACUGAAGAAGAACUUCGUCAACUUGAAGAGCAUGAAUUUAAUACUGGUCCUUUAUCAGUAUUACAACAAUCGGUAAAGAAUAAUACCCAAAUAUUGAUAAAUUGUAGAAAUAAUCGAAAGUUACUAGCUCGUGUUAAAGCUUUUGAUAGGCAUUGUAAUAUGGUUCUAGAAAACGUUAAAGAGAUGUGGACGGAAACACCAAAAGCCGGUAAAGGCAAAAAAUCCAAACCAGUUAAUAAGGAUAGGUUUAUUAGCAAGAUGUUUUUACGUGGGGACUCUGUCAUUCUCG